CUCACGCAGUCUCUUUCCCCGGCCACAAACAACCGUGAGUGUCUAACUCACUGUUCUUGAAAAACUUAAAAUAAAAAUAAUAUAAAAAAUAUAAAAUUCACAAAAUCUUCAUAAAAACAAGAAGCCUAAUACUUAAAGAAAAAAAAACAAACAAUAAAAAAAAUAGCAAACUCAUAAAAAAUACUAUAAACAAGAGGCCUCGGGCUUAACCCGAAGUUGGCAUCUUUUUAAAGGAAGACAUACUUCAGAGGACGUCGAUUUAUGUCGUUUUCAGGUUUGACAUUUUCUCCACACGCCGGACCAGAGAGCCAGCUGUCGGUGUCUUUAUCAGGCGAGAAUUGAAGCGCAGUUCGGAACCAGGAUACGGAUCAUACCGGCGCUUUUUAAAUAUUUUUCUGGCGUUUUUGAAGGAAGCCCUGCGUUCACUUAUUUUGUGAAGUCUGAGAUAUGAACACAGCGACGGGGAGUUAUCCGAUGGCUUCUCUCUACGUUGGCGAUCUGCACCCCGAUAUCACGGAGGCUAUGCUGUAUGAGAAAUUCAGCCCAGCCGGACCGGUGCUCUCCAUUCGGGUAUGCAGAGACAUGAUCACCCGGCGAUCCCUGGGAUACGCUUAUGUGAACUUCUCCCAGCCUGCUGACGCUGAGAGAGCCCUGGACACCAUGAACUUUGACGUGGUGAAAGGAAAACCAAUCAGAAUCAUGUGGUCCCAAAGAGACCCCUCCCUCAGGAAGUCCGGAGUGGGCAACGUGUUCAUCAAGAACCUAGACAAGUCCAUUGACAACAAAGCCCUGUACGACACCUUCUCUGCCUUUGGCAACAUCCUCUCCUGCAAGGUGGUGUGUGAUGAAAAUGGCUCCAAGGGCUACGCUUUUGUCCACUUUGAGACCCAGGAUGCUGCUGAUCGAGCCAUUGAGAAGAUGAACGGCAUGCUUCUGAAUGACCGCAAGGUGUUUGUGGGUCGCUUCAAAUCCCGCAAAGAACGGGAGGCUGAACUAGGAGCCAAAGCCAAGGAGUUUACCAAUGUCUACAUCAAGAAUUUCGGGGACGAUAUGGAUGAUGAGCGGCUGAAGGAGCUUUUCGACAAAUAUGGUAAAACACUUAGCGUGAAGGUGAUGACAGACCCUACCGGCAAAUCCAGAGGCUUUGGAUUCGUUAGCUACGAGAAACAUGAGGACGCUAACAAGGCUGUAGAGGACAUGAAUGGCACUGACCUCAACGGCAAGACAGUGUUUGUGGGCCGGGCUCAGAAGAAGAUGGAGCGGCAGGCGGAGCUGAAGAGGAAGUUCGAGCUGUUGAAACAAGAGAGGAUCAGUCGUUAUCAGGGUGUUAAUCUUUACAUUAAGAACCUGGAUGACACCAUAGAUGAUGAGAAACUGCGGAAGGAGUUCUCUCCAUUCGGAUCUAUUACAAGUGCUAAGGUGAUGCUAGAGGAAGGUCGCUCCAAGGGCUUCGGCUUUGUCUGCUUCUCCUCCCCCGAAGAGGCCACCAAGGCUGUGACUGAGAUGAACGGACGUAUCGUUGGCUCCAAACCCCUCUACGUGGCCCUCGCUCAGCGCAAAGAGGAGCGCAAAGCCCACCUCACCAACCAGUACAUGCAGCGUAUUGCUGGCAUGAGGGCUAUGCCGGCUAACGCCAUCAUUAAUCAGUUCCAGCCCACCAGCGGCUACUUCAUGCCAGCUGUGCCACAGGCCCAGAAUAGGACUACAUACUAUGCACCCAACCAACUGGCCCAAAUGCGACCCAACCCCCGAUGGCAGCAACAGGGUGGCAGAGGUCAAGGUGGUUUCCAAGGGAUACCGAGCUCGCUGCGUCAGCCAGGACCCCGUGCCAACCUGAGACACAUGACCCCUAACAGCGGCGCGCAGGGCCCACGAGCUUCUGGCCAAGCCAUGGGACCUCGUCCCUCAAUGGGAGUACCCGGCCCUCGUGCCAUGCCUCCUUACAAAUAUGCCACUGGUGUCCGUAACCCCAACCCCCAAGUGGUGCAACCUAUUGCCUUACAGCAGGCUCAGCCAGCUGUGCACAUUCAGGGCCAGGAGCCUCUCACAGCCUCCAUGCUAGCUGCUGCGCCCCCUCAGGAGCAGAAACAGAUGCUAGGUGAGCGCCUUUUCCCACUGAUUCAGUCCAUGCAUGCCAACCUGGCAGGAAAGAUCACUGGCAUGCUGCUGGAGAUUGACAACUCUGAAUUGCUCCAUAUGCUGGAGUCUCAUGAAUCUCUGCGUUCAAAGGUGGAAGAAGCCGUUGCGGUCCUACAAGCCCACCAGGCAAAGAAAGAUGCCACUCAGAAAGUGGGCAGCUUGGCUACUACUGCUGCUGCUGCCACAUCCUGAAGACUGCAUGCUGUAUUUGAUUGGGCACAGAAAAAUGCUCAAAGAUGGAGAGAGACUCACUACACCUACUCUAAACACCAGACUCCUCUGAACAAUUAUGCAAAAAAGAAGGAAAAAAAAGAAAAUGUAAUUUUAAAAAUAUACUUGAAAAUUUUGACAAAUGUUACAGUUGAUAAUUUUCUAAUUCUGUAAUACUUUUAAACUGCAUACCAAAAGCAAUAAUGCAAAUUAAUCUUGAAUGGAGGCACUUCACUUUGUGGAAAGGAGAGAAACCUUUUUCGAAAAGGAAAAUGAGCUUUGUUCUUUUUCUUUGCUUGAAAGUUUUAUGUUUGAUUUGAAAUGAUGGACUCCAUCCUAUCAUGUUAUCAUGGGUGUGUGGUAUUCUCAAUAAAGGGAUGAUAUAUCAAGGUUA